UACCCUACUAUAAAAGCAACUUGUUUAAGCCUCAGUUUGAGCAAAGUAACCAAUGCCUUGCCUAAGCCUAAGGCUUCCAACAGCCAAAAAAGCUUGGUGGAAGAGUCUCACUUCAAAAAUACAAAGCAAACUCCAUAGACUCAACAAGCCAAAAUCCAUUACCAAACACAGAUCAUCAUCAUCAUCAUCAUCGUUAUCAAAACGCAUCUCUAAAACAACAACCAUCAGUAAGAGAUUUUUCGUGGAGACAAAGCGUUUGAAUCAUCAGCGCAAACGACGUCGUUUAGUUUUAUUACCUCUAAAGCGUAGUCGAGGUAGUAGUGCUGGUAGCAGUAGUAGUAUUACUGCACCCGUUUACGUAGACAAGCUCUUCAAAGACACGCCUGUAUCUGAAAAAGUUGAGCAUCUUCUUCAGUACUCCAUAAAACAUGUUCAUGCUAAAGUUGGUCAUGAUCAGUACUCGCCGGCCACGGUUGCGGCGGGAACAAGCAAAGAAGCUGCUAGAAAUGGUGGCGGGAAAGUAGUAGUGGCGGCCAACGAUGAUGUGUGGGAGUCUAUGGGGUUUGCGUCUCCUCAGAUGCAUGGAAUUGAUGAGAGAGCAGAGCAAUUCAUAGCCAAGUUUAGGGCAGAGAUGGAGGUUCAAGAGAGGUUGGCUCGUGAUCACUUGUAGUGUAUUUUGACGAUGAUCACAAAUCUACCUGUGGUUUUAGGGUUAUCAUAUAAAUAUAUAUAUAUGCUAUGUGUUAAAUGUAAAUAACAGAUUUGUAUCCAUUUUGUACAAGUUAUGUUCAGUUAUUAUAUCUCAUCACAAAGCACUAGCUUUCUUUAA